CAUUUCCAGGCCCAACCUCAACCCCAACAUUUCCAGGGUCAGGUCCGAUCCCCACCCCAACCACAGUUACAAUCUCCACCACAGCACUUUCAAGCUCCACCACAGCAGCAACGAUUUCAAAAUCAGCAGAUUCAGUACCUGGGAAGUUACCCUCCACCACCAUGGGCCUCAACACCGGGUUAUCCCAACUAUCAAAACCAUUUAUCUCCUACCAAUUUGUUCUCCAAUCCUCAAGCCAACACAACAGGGCCUUUUACAUUUCCUUCCAAUGGUGCUGAAUCUGCUGUGGGGGCAAAUUUCGGCCAAAGGAGCCCAGGCAGUACCGGCAGCGGACAACGGCCCUUUAUUCCAUCUUACAGACUAUUUGAAGAUUUGAAUGUUUUUGGAAACACAGAUGGAAGGGUGAAGAUGACUGGUAGUGGAACGUCAUCCGGCAUGUCAGGUACAAUGGGACCUGGCAUGGUUGGAGGGCGCAAGUGAAGUUCUAUUAUUGUAAAAAGCAUGCAAUGUUGAUAUGGUUUAUACCUUUUUUUUUUCCUAUUUAUUUUAAGGUUAUGUAAGUUAUUUAGAUUGAUUCAGCUGCAGUUUCCUACUUAUGAGUAGAUCAUAAAGUCAUUAGUUUUGAGUGUUCCCUCAGACGAUAGACUUCGGAGCAUUCUUUGAUAAAAGAUUUCUUUCUGGUAGUGGUUUCAUUUUUAAGAUUUAUUGAUCUUUGACCACUAUAAUUGGCACGGAAAUUUUUAACAUUUGUGCAUAUUGAGAGCAUUCACC